UUGUUUGUUCGAAAUCAAAGUCUAUAAAAUAAUAAUCGAAUGUAAAUGUGAAUGUGAAAUAAACGACAGUGAAAUAAUACAUUAAAUAUAUCGUUAUAAAUCAAAUUAAUUUAAUUUUAAUUCAAUUUAUAUUAAAAAGGGGACUUUUAUAUACCUAUAGUCGUUGAAUAUACAAACGUUUUAAUUUACAAUAAUGAAAUAAAUAAUUAACCAAACAAAUAAACAAGAAUAAAAGUUAUAAAAAAACAUGGAGAAAUAUUUUAUAUUAUUUUUAUUGAUAUCGUGCUUGUCAGUGUUGAAAGUACAAACAAAUGAUGAAGAAAAUUAUAAUGAAAAUCAACUUGGAUCCGGAAAUGAAGAUGAAGAUGAUGCGAAACAAGAAUAUGAGAUAAAAUUAAGUGAUAAAAUUAUAGAAAUAUUGGAGCAUUAUCAACAAGAAGAUCCAAUUGGUAUACCAGGCUCAACAAUACCAGAUCCUAUGUCAAUACCACCGUUAAAACAUUCAUUUUCGGUUGCUACCAUGAAUUUUAAAAAUGUUUUAGUACAUGGUUUAUCCAAGUUUAAAAUUAUUCACAUGCACACAGAUGUUGCUAAAAUGCAAGUAAAUGUAGCAUUAGACAUCGAUACAUUGUUAGUCCAUGGAAAUUACACAAUGUCAACAUUCUUUACUCGUUCGGCUGGUCCGUUUACAGUCAAAUUAAACGAUGUGAGUGUUACUGGUCUGGGACAUUUAGCUGUGGAACGUAAAGGGCAUUUAACUUUACAAGAGAUUGCGAUGGAUGUUACUUUUAAAAAGAUUGAUAUGAAUUUUGAAAAUUUAGGUUUUAUGGGCAAUGUUUUUCAAGGUAUUAUCAAUUCAGUUGGUAACUUUUUAUUUGAUUCAAUCAAACCAUUUAUUUUGAGUCAAGCAAAUAAAAACAUCCGUGGUGAUGCUAACAAACAAAUUAAAAAAAUUGAUAAAACAUUCCCUAAUUCAAUAUCACCAUUUGAUAUGGCUAUUGCUGAAGCACGUAAAACAGUUCGAGAUCGUGGAUAUGAUCCUAUGAAAAUUGAGGAUUAUAAUAAUACUCUUGGUUUAAUGGAUGUACAUUUGACCCAUACAUGGGUGACUGGUUUAAGUAACUUUUAUCGAAAUGGUAAUAUUACAAUUGAAUUGUUAAAUUCGUCAUUAAUCCGCACAUCGUUCGAUGUUGGCACACAACGAUUAAAGGGCUCUAGUCAUUGGGAUGUUGGUGUAAUCGGUGGUGUACUUAGUCGAUCUGGAACAUUCGCAUUUACAAUUGAACAUUUCAAAGUAAAAGCAUCAAUCAAUCAAUCAAUCGACACACGUGAACAUCCAAUAAUCGAUACUCUUGAUUUAGAUUUAGGUAACAUACAAGUACGCUGUAAUGGAGCUGGUACAGCCGAUUAUAUUAUAGAAUUUCUAGUAAAUAUUUUACCAAAUUUAUUACGUUAUCAAAUAAUGGAUGCUUUAGAGAAUCCAUUAAAACAACGUAUACAAACAAUAUUAAAUACUACUAGUAUUGAUUCAAUAGCACGAGAUAAAUUACAUAUAUUAGAUGAUAUGCAAACAAACGGUUUCCAAUUUUAAUUUUCUAAUUUUAAUUAUUAUUUAUAAUUUGUUCGUCAUCUUAUGAUCAUGUAUGUGAUUAAUACGAUACAAAAAAAGUUAAACAUUCCAUUAAAAUUAUCGAUAUUCAAUAAGUCUAUACACCAACCCCAAUUAUUACACAAUUAAUUUUCCCCAAAAACUAACAACUUUAAUCUCAUACCUAACUUUGGGAUCUGGGAUCUCAAAAGUAAUCAAAAACAAGUUAUCUUCAAACAAGUAUUUAGCAGAUGCGGUGUUGUUAUCAAAAAUGAUCAUUCGAAUCAAAAUAGAUACAACCUGUCACGAUUCGAUUGCCCUUAAUAAUUAAAUUAUAAAAAAUAUAUUAUUGGAUUCAUCGAUAGUUUUAAUG